AUCGGCCUGCAUAUAUGAUUCUUCCCUGGCACGCGAUAAACCAUUCAGUCAGACAUCACAACUAGCUGAGGUAAACAUGACAGAGAAACUUGCRGAAUACGGAUCGUGGGUCAGUCCUAUUUCUAGCGAUUUGCUGGUMCAAAAAUCCAUCAGUUUGCAAGAAAUAAGAAUAGAUCCACUUGAUAAAGGAUUUGUUUACUGGUCUGAAGGAUUACCUGAGGAAGGUGGCAGGAUAGUGAUUUGUAAGUUGAAGAAUGGRAGCAAAGACUUUGAGGUCAUUACACCUGAUGGUUUCUAUGUAAGAACAACCGUUCAUGAGUAUGGUGGAGGAGCAUUUAUUGUGCACAACAAGAAAGUCUACUUCUCAAACUUUGAAGACCAAAGUAAGAACAACCGUUCAUGA